AGUGAUCUGUAGUUAUAAGCUGAAGUUACAUAAUUUCUGAAACUAAGGUACUUUCCUUUUUUUUUAUAGCAGGGGAAGUUUGUUGGUUCAACAUUGCUGGAGAGAAGCUUGGAAAAGGGAAAGUCAUGCAUGCAACAAGAGCAUUAGCAUUGUUUUUAGCCAAGCUAAUUGCAAUUUUCCGCCACCUAUCAUUCGAUUAUUGGAGAAGGCACAACAACGACAUUCGCCCAUCAACUACUGUGGGAGUAGGAUGUAGUAGUAGUCUUAGUGAUGUUGAUCUAAAGGUUGUUGAACCUGAGCUGCCAAAGGAAGAAGACCAUGUUCGCCCGUGCAUGGAGCGCCUCCUGAGACUAGAUAAACUAGUUUUGGAACUGAGCAACAAGCCACCUCAGAUUCCAAAAGAAAAAGAAAAAGUCCUCAUGCAAUCUCUGGACAGAAUCAAAUCUGUGGAGCUUGACCUCAACAGAACAAAGAGGGUGCUGCAUUCUGCAGUGGUGAGGCAGGUGGAGAUUGCACAGUUGGUAGACGGUUUGCGGGAGUCUAAAUGUCGGAGAAGAAGAAUCUUCUGUUGAGUCUACAGAAACCAAUUAUUACAGGAGGCACCAUGGGCCGGCAGCAGCGGCUGGCAAGAUGAAUGGAUGGUUGUUACUUACAAUGAAACAAAAAGGAACAU